GGGGCGGGCGCAGCGUCUCCAUGGCGACGCGGCGGUGACGUCGCCGCCCGGGGGGCGUGGGCGUCCCGGGCCCGAGUGCGAUAUUAACCCGGGAGGCGGCGGGCGGGGAAGGGGAGAGGCGAGGAGGCCGGGGAGCCGUGCGGGACGGGGAGCCCGGGCUGGGGCCGGGGAGCCGCGGCGCGGCCAGCACCCGGACCCGGGACUGCCUCCCCGCCACCCCUCCCCAGCUGCCCCCAGCCAUGAAGACCCCGGCGGACACAGGCUUCGCCUUCCCGGACUGGGCCUACAAGCCCGAGUCCUCCCCAGGCUCGCGGCAGAUCCAGCUCUGGCACUUCAUCCUGGGCUGGGAAGGGGAAGUACCAGGAUGUCUGCCUGGCAGGGGCACGGAAUUCGUCAUCAAGGACCCGACAGUGGCGCGCCUGUGGGGGGUCCCCGGUGCAACCCCAGAUGAACUCACAAGCUCCCUGCGUUACUACUACAACCGCGCAUCCUCCCACAAGACCAAGCAGGGUUUCACCUACAAGUUCAACUUUAACAAUCAUCUGGUCAACUACCCCUUCAUCGACGUGGGGCUGGCCGGUGGUGGGGCGGGCCUGGGGGAGGCCGGGGCCUCCCCCGGCUCUGACCCCCCGUUUCUCCUCAGGUGGGCCGGCCCGCGGGCGCGCCGCCCGGUGCCCUCGGGGAGGCCCUUCCCUUCCCCCCCUCGGCGGGUCAGGGUGCUGUCCCCCACGGAGGCCGCCUGCCCGCCCGGCCUGCCGGCCUCCUCGUCGCCGUCCCUGUUCUCGGCCGUGGUGGCCCCCCGCCUGGGCCGGGGCUGAUCCCAGCGACUGCAGCGUGGCACCCGGAACUGGAGGAGGCCCUGGUGGGGACCCAGGGCCCGCCCCCGGGGCCCCGGCUGGGGCGCCUUCCGGGGGGCCCCCCCGCCCCCGGCCGGUGUCUUCCGGGUGUGCCCGGGCCCCGAGGCGGGCCCUGAGCCCUUCCCUGUCCCCCUGGGCCCUGGCUCCCUCUCCCCCCAGCUCUCCCCGGCCUCCCGUGACCCCACCCACCUGGCCUCGCCCUUCCCCCACGCGAGCCCCUGGCCCGUGGGGCGGCGGUUCGGGGGGGCUCCCACUUCUUUUCGGGGGACGGGCCUCAGGCCCACACCCGGGUCACAACACCACCUCAGCCCCUUCCUCCUCCCCGGGCUGGUGGUCCCCAGCGGCCCGGACAAGUGCCCGCUCCGCCCCUGGCCCCCAGGCCCGCCCGCCCCUCGGCCUCUUCCCUCCUCCUCGUCCUCCCCGUCUUCCCCUUCAAGUUCAACUGCAGCCCCGCCCCUGGGCCGCCGGGCGGGGGGCCCGGGGCCGAAGGCAGCGGGGGGGCGUCCCCGGCCCCUGGCCCGGCCCCCAGUCAGGGGUGGGCCCAUCCCGAGGGAGUCGGGGAAGUGGAGGUGCCGACAUCAGCCCGGCAGGGGCGCGGGCGACGGCGGGGAGGGCAAGCCCCCCUUCGGGCCCCCAACUCCCCGGGGCAAGCACCCCCUCUUUCGACCCCUUCCCUUUAAGGGCGCACCCGCCUUCCAACAAGAACUGGGGCGGAAUCUGAGGCAGCAGCCCCCUCUCCCGAACCCCCUAAACAUCCGUGUGCUUGCGGGGGACAGUGAGAAAAGUCUGAUUGCCAGCAUUCCGUGGGUGCGCGGGGAGGUAGCACGAAGUGCAGAAGAGAGAAAUGGAGACUACAUUUCCCGGCAUUCCUGA